UGGCACCAUUCCUGGAGGAUUCCGACAGCUCCACCCACUCCCCACAAACUCUUCGCCGAUAACUCGCCGUUAUGGCUGCCGCUGUCACCAAAUCCCUCCUCCGUCCUUCCGCCACAUCGGCAGACAUCUCUUACCUCCCUCCCUUAUCCUCUUCCUCCUCUGCCUCGUGCCUCUCCUUCCGGUCCUGUCGUUCUCAAACCCCCUUCCUCGGCGUCCGCCUCGCGGAUCCCGUCAAUCCCAAGAUCCCCCCUCUCGGCAUCCGGAGCGUUGGUAGGGGGCUUCGAAUUGAGGCUGCGGCGAGGCCCACCAUUCUUGUCGCCGAGAAGCUCGGGGAGGCCGGGCUGGCUCUACUCCGGGAGUUCGCCAACGUUGACUGCUCGUACAACCUCUCGCCGGAGGAGCUCUGCGCCAAGAUCUCUCUAUGUGACGCGCUGAUCGUGAGGAGCGGGACUAAGGUCACGCGGGAAGUGUUCGAAGCUUCCAACGGGCGGCUCAAGGUUGUCGGCAGGGCCGGGGUGGGCAUUGACAAUGUGGAUCUGCAAGCUGCCACCGAGAGCGGGUGCCUCGUCGUCAAUGCGCCGACCGCGAACACGGUGGCGGCAGCCGAGCACGGAAUCGCGCUGCUCGCUGCCAUGGCAAGAAACGUCGCCCAGGCUGACGCUUCCAUGAAAGCUGGUAAGUGGCAACGCAACAAAUAUGUUGGUGUCUCACUGGUAGGAAAGACACUGGCAGUGAUGGGAUUUGGGAAAGUUGGUUCAGAAGUUGCCAGACGUGCAAAAGGACUCGGGAUGCAUGUGAUUGCUCACGAUCCUUAUGCACCUGCUGAUAGAGCCCGUGCUGUUGGAGUGGAGCUUGUAUCAUUUGAUGAAGCCAUCUUUACAGCAGAUAUUUUAUCACUUCACAUGCCACUGACUCCAACUACUGCAAAAAGUUUCAAUGAUGAAACAUUUGCAAAAGUAAAAAAAGGAGUGAGAAUCAUUAAUGUUGCUAGGGGUGGGGUUAUUGAUGAAGAUGCCUUGGUCAGAGCACUUGAUAAUGGUACAGUUGCUCAGGCAGCACUUGAUGUAUUCACCGUCGAGCCUCCACCAAAAGACAGUAAGUUGAUGAUGCAUGAAAAUGUUAUUGCCACUCCUCAUCUCGGAGCUAGCACUGUCGAAGCUCAGGAAGGUGUAGCUGUAGAGAUCGCAGAGGCUGUUAUUGGGGCACUGAAAGGUGAACUUGCUGCCACUGCUGUGAAUGCUCCCAUGGUUCCUGCUGAGGUUCUUUCUGAGCUGUCCCCUUAUGUUAUCCUGGCUGAAAAGCUUGGCAGAUUAGCCGUCCAACUAGUUGCUGGUGGAAGUGGUAUCAAGGGGGUUAAGGUUGUGUAUACAUCUGCUCGAGAUCCUGAUGACCUGGAUACAAGGGUUCUUCGUGCUAUGGUCACCAAAGGAAUCAUUGAACCCAUAUCGAGUGUUUUCAUCAACAUUGUCAAUGCAGAUUAUACCGCUAAGCAGAGAGGUCUUCGCAUCAGCGAGGAGAGGAUUUUCCUUGACAGCUCCCCUGAGAUUCCUCUAGACUCAAUCCAGAUCCACCUGUCUCAUGUCGAGUCCAAGUUCGCCAGUGCCUUGUCUGAUGCUGGUGAUAUAACAGUGGAAGGAAGGGUCAAGGAUGGCAUACCACAUCUCACCCUUGUUGGAUCAUUCAGUGUAGAUGCAAGCCUCGAAGGGAAUGUAAUAUUGUGCAGGAACGUCGACCAGCCUGGUAAUAUUGGACGAGUUGGAAGAAUUCUUGGAGAGCAGAACGUGAAUAUUAGUUUUAUGAGCGUUGGUAGGACAGCACCAAGGAAGCAGGCCAUAAUGGCGAUUGGUGUCGAUGAGGAGCCAGAUAAGGAAACUCUAAAGAAGAUUGGUGAAAUACCAGCCAUUGAAGAGUUCGUGUUCCUGAAGCUAUAGAUGCCAUAUGAGAUAUACCGUAUGGUUUGAUUGCCUCAACAAGAAAGCUGUAGGUUGUUUCAUCCUGUAGCCACAUUUCUUUUUUGUUGUAUGAAUAUGAUGGAUUCAAUUUUGGUCAAAUGAUCAUCGUAAUAGUCUGCAUGCCUUUGCAUUUUCAAGCAUGAGAAGUUUAUGUAACAUUUGUUACUACAUACGAUAUUAGUUGGAAUUUUCCCACCCUGGAA